GGUAUUAUUGUGAUUUUCUAGAACAUGGAAGCAUAUUACUGUCAUUUAUGAAUAAAAAGAUUUUCGUAACCGUAAUCCCCCCCUUCAUUUUUUCUCCCCAACUACUCCUUCGCCGUUUUCUCGACGCUUCGACAAUGGACGCCAUAGAUUCAGUCAUCGAUCCUUUGAGGGGGUUCGCUAAGGACAGUGCUCGCCUUGUAAAGAGGUGCCACAAACCUGAUCGCAAAGAAUUUACAAAAGUUGCUUCUCGUACUGCCAUUGGAUUCGUUGUAAUGGGAUUCGUCGGCUUCUUCGUUAAACUAAUCUUCAUUCCUAUUAAUAACAUCAUCGUCGGCGCUUCUUAGGGUAAUUUUCGUCUGUUGUUGCGCAAUUGCUUGAUUGUGUACGCAAAUUUACAUGCAUUCGCCUGUUCUAUUUCAUGUAUUCUAUGUUUCAGCACUGAAGCGAUAAGAUUGAGAAGUGUAUUUGUGGUUUAUGAUGAUCGUACUAUUUUGUAUAUCCUGAUAAUCUGUCGCAGAGGAAUUGCUGGAUUGUUGAUGAAAUUUUACAUUCAUUCUCCUUUCUAUUUCA